UAUCGCACGCAUUGCGUGCAUGUAAGACUAGUCAUUAUUAGGCUAAUUCUCUUUUUAAUAUUAAGCUUACUAUCACCUAGUUUUAAUUUAAAAGUAGGCGGUCUCUUACAAGACAAACUCUAUAUAAUAACCGGAGUAUUUGAGACAUGGACCAACCUCAUCCAUUAAAACACAUGUCCAUCAUUUUUCUUUCAUAUUUUACUUCUAAGUCAUGUCUAACGAUUGCUCUCCAGAAAGCUUAAUUUGCAAGGAUUACCUAGUAUUGAAGACAGGAGAAGCAAAUUAUUGUGAUCUUCUUCGACUUUUAUGUCGUAAUGAUAGAAGGAAAUUGAUAGUUAGCCCUUCAGAAUUUGGAGAAGAAUUAAGAAAUUUCAACUAUCGAUGGCUCGUCUUUAUUUCUGCUCUUUUGCUGAAGUUGUUCCGAAGCAUGAAGACACCAAUGAGACAUAUUGGCUACUUAAUCGAAGCUUGGAUAAAUCUAAUCACAAACAAUGGUGGGACAGUCAAGUUGCUGUUAAAUCUCAUGAAAGGAAAUGUGCUUAUGCCAGACGAGUCAAGCAAGACAUAUAGAUCAAUGAUAGGACUUCUUGAUAGGAGAGUUGAUUUGGACCCAAACAUUCAACCGGGACAUACCAAUUAUGAGGCCUCAUUAUCUUGGAUGGCUUCUAAGUUAUCCUAUGAAAAUUCAGCCUGCAUCAAAACUAUUGUUGAAGAUCAUUGGAAGAUGAAGCUGUUAGAAACCUCCAACUUUCGAAAUGAUUUUCAAGCCAACAACUCCACACAUGCAUUUAUGUUGCGUAACAUAAGCAAGGAAAAAGACUUAAUCGUGGUGGCAUUCAGAGGUACAAAACCUUUUGAUACUGAUGAUUGGUGUGCAGACAUUGAUAUCUCUUGGUAUGGGCUGAAUAAUGUAGGAAAAGUUCAUGGUGGAUUCAUGAAGGCAUUGGGCCUCCAAAAUAGUAAAAAUGGUGUUGGAUGGCCCAAAGAGAUUGAAAUGGGCCAAGGAAAACCACAAUUUGCAUAUUACACAAUUAGACAAGUUCUAAGAAACAUUUUUCAAGAAAACAAGAAUGCAAAAUUUGUAUUGACAGGACAUAGUAUGGGAGGUGCAUUAGCAAUUUUAUUUGCUAGUGUGUUGAAAUUACAUGCAGAGAAAGAAUUGCUUGAUAGAUUGGAGGGAGUUUAUACAUUUGGACAACCAAGGGUUGGAGAUGAGGAAUUUGGGGAGUUUAUGAAGAAAAACUUGAAGGAAUACAAUGUGAAAUAUUGUAGGUAUGUAUAUUGCAAUGAUAUGGUCCCUCGACUUCCUUAUGAUGACAAGACACUCUUGUUCAAACAUUUUGGACCUUGUCUCUACUACGAUAGUUGUUACCAGGGAAAGGAACUGGAAGAGGAGCCCAAUAAGAACUACUUCUCAUUGAUAUGGAUGAUACCCAAGUAUAUGAAUGCAGUAUGGGAGCUAUUUAGAGGUUUUACACUUCCAUAUAUAAGAUGGGGUCCAGAUUACAAAGAAGGAUGGUGUGAACGAUUACAUCGAGUAAUGGGACUGGUAAUUCCAGGUCUUUCGGCUCAUGGUCCACAAGAUUAUGGUAACUUAACUCGGUUGGGUAGGAUGUCUUUGCCUCUUGAUUAUCAUAACAAAAAAAUUAAUUGAUUACUCAUGUAUGAUAUUUUCUCAUAUAUUUUAUUGUUUUCUUAGUCUCUUUUAGUUGUUGA